CGAGGAGAUCAGUCACCCUCCGAUCCCCCGACUGGCCCGCUAAGAGAUUUUUGAAUUCGCCAAGAACAGUAUUCAGAAGGUUUAUAAGUUCCGACAACUAGAGGCGAAGCCCGGGAUGUAUAAGGCCAUAUACGAUGCAUUAAAAGAAACCCAGGACCCGGGCCUUGGUUGGUCUGACAGGACUCAGUGGAAGCAUUUUUCGGACUCUGCUAUAAGUGGACGCAAGAAACGGACCUUGGACCUUGUCCUGUCAAGCAUCGGGUUUGCUAAAUGGCAUCGCAGCCAAACAGAGCUACUGGAUUCAUCGCCAAAGUCGGCGGCCGAGCAGGUUAAUGGAGACUUUCUUAAGAUGUGCAGGGAUAACGCUGCAGAGCAGACUAUGUCCCGACGAAGCCUUAACACGAACCUCGCCCGCGGUAGGAAAUGGGUCAUCUCGUUGACGAGCUUGGAUAUGGCAUUCUCUUUAUAGACGCAUGACUGAUAAAGAGUCCUUGGAUAUCCUAAUCAAGC